GGUUUUGAUUAUAUAUAAGUACACUUUAUGGCUAUUGAUUUACUGUUCAAUCGCCGCAGCUAACAUGAAAUUAUUAGUUGCAACCGUAACAUUAGUGUUGCUUUGCAAAGUUCAAUCACUCAGAGCAGAAUGUAGUGUUCCAAGUGAAACUGUCGUAAGUGGAUCCUUGAAGCCCAGCAAUUUUGCCGAGCUGUGUCCGGGCGAGUUAAUUUUCGAAGAUCAAUUUAACUUCCUUGACUUCGAAAGGUGGCAGCAUGAAAUUACACUGUCGGGCGGCGGCAAUUGGGAGUUUGAGUACUACCUGAACAACAGAUCAAACAGUUACACUGAAAAUGGUAAUUUGCACAUCAGACCUACGUUCUUAGCUGAUGAUUAUGGUGACGAUUAUAUUUAUUCUGGAACUCUGGAUGUCAAUGGGGGUGCACCCGCUGAUGCCUGCACAAAUCCAGCUUUUUACGGAUGCAGUCGCACUGGAACCAGUGACAAUGCUUUGAAUCCAAUCAAAACUGCCAGGAUCAGAACCGUCGAAUCAUUCUCAUUUAAGUACGGUACUGUUGUAGUAAGAGCAAAAAUGCCAGCUGGCGAUUGGUUGUGGCCUGCCAUAUGGCUCUUACCUCGUUACAAUGCAUAUGGAACUUGGCCUUCUUCUGGUGAAAUUGAUCUUUUGGAAAGCCGCGGAAACAAGGAUUAUGUCAAUCCAAAUGGAAUGAACGUAGGUACUCAACAAGUCGGCCAUACUCUCCAUUGGGCUCCUUCUGUUGGUGCAAAUCAAUGGGCCAAAACUCAUUUCGAUAAAAAUGAUCCUGCUGGCUACGACACUGAUUUCCAUAUCUACAAACUAGUCUGGAACUCGAAUGGAUUUAUAUUUUACAUCGACAAUGAGGAGGUGGGCGUCAUCAAUCCCCCAGAGGGCGGAUUUUGGGAAAUGGGCGAAUUCGCAAGCACCGGAGUGGAAAAUCCCUGGGUAGCUGGAACAAAAAUGGCCCCAUUUGACCAACAGUUUUAUCUGAUUAUAAACUUGGCUAUUGGUGGUGUCAACUAUUUUUCGGAUGAAAAUACGAACGCUGGAGGUAAACCUUGGUCUAACGAAUCACCCACAGCUUCAAGCGACUUUUGGGGUGCAAGAAGCCAAUGGGAACCCUCAUGGAAUAGAAAUACCGACAGUUCACAUUUGAUUGUCGACUAUGUUCAAGUUUACGCUGCGUAGGUUUACUGGUUUUUUAUUCAUUGUAAUAUAAUAUUUAAAGGU